GCACUUGCAGUGCUGCUCUGCUCCUCGCUCUUGGUAAACGGAGGGAAAGUCUUGGUGUUUCCUGUGGACGGAAGCCACUGGAUCAAUAUGAAAGUCCUUAUCGAGGAGCUACACUCCAGAGGCCAUGAACUCACAGUAAUUCGAUCUUCGGACAGCUGGUACAUCAAGCCUGACUCUCGGCACUACGAGUCCAUCACCGUGAACACUUCUGCUGGGUUCGAUGAGGAGCGCUUCGGGUCGUUUGUAACCACGAUGAUCAGAAUGAGGCGAGAGGGUGCGUCGCUGUGGGCUCGUCUGUCUCUGGAGUAUGAGCUCAUGGAACAGUUGUAUCAGAUUGGUAAGCAGAGUCUCAGAAUGAUGGAGGACAUCUUUGAAAACGCAGAGCUGAUGCAGAGCCUUUGUGACGCUAAAUAUGACUUGGUUUUGACGGACCCUGCUCUUGGUGGAGGGGUGCUUCUGGGUCACCGUUUGGGUCUUCCACUAGUCCUGAAUGUUCGGUGGACUAUCCAGGGUGAGGGGCAUUAUGCAAUUGCACCGUCACCGGUCUCCUUUGUCCCGGUAGCAGGGUCAGAACUGACUGACAAGAUGACCUUUUCCCAGCGGGUCAAGAACUUUUUGAUUUAUCUGUUCACCUGUGUUCAAACUUGGUACAUCACAACACCGAACUACAAACCCUUCGUCCAACGCUACUUUGGUAAGAACCUCCAUUACAUGGAGCUGUUCCAGGCAGCAGACAUCUGGCUGAUGAGGAACGAUUUUACCUUUGAGUUCCCACGACCCACAAUGCCAAACAUCGUCUACAUGUCAGGAUUCCAGUGCAAACCCUCCAAACCCCUGUCCAAAGAGCUGGAGGACUUUGUCCAGAGCUCUGGUGAGCACGGAGUCAUCGUUAUGACUUUAGGAACCCUGGUAGAAAAACUUCCCAAGGACAUCACUGAGGAUAUCGCUGCUGCUUUUGCCCAGCUCCCUCAGAAGGUCAUCUGGAGGCACAAAGGACAAAGACCAUCCACCCUGGGCAACAACACCUUAAUGCUGGACUGGCUGCCUCAAAAUGAUCUCCUGGGUCACCCAAAGACCAGAGUCUUUGUGGCCCAUGGAGGCACCAAUGGAAUCCAGGAGGCCAUCUACCACAGCGUGCCCCUCGUUGGAAUACCGCUAAUAUUAGAUCAGCAGGACAAUUUAUUUAGGAUGAAGGUCAGAGGUGUGGCCAAAGUCCUGGACAUUGCAACUGUGAAUAAAGACAACUUCCUGGAGGCCGUGAAGGAGGUCCUCUAUGAACCAUCCUACAGGGAGAGGAUGAGAUGGUUGUCCAACCUGCAAAGGGAUCAGCCAAUGAAACCCCUAGACCGGGCCAUGUUCUGGAUUGAGUUUGUCAUGAGACACAAGGGGGCCAAGCAUCUGAGGACUGAGUCCUACAAGAUGUCCAACAUCCAGUACCACUCCAUCGACAUUGUAGUACUCCUCAUAGCUAUUAUACUGUUGGUUUCCACUCUUCCUCUCUCUGCUGCGGGGUUUAUGUGUCGGAGAGUUUUUUGUCAGAGUAAAGUCAAGAAGGACUGA